GAUGUAUGAAACAGACUGAAGUAACUAUAAUUAUCAAUAUCAUCUGUAACAAUGUACCAACGAGCAUGCGCAAAUGGAAAUAGUCUUGAAAAAUUGAAAAUACGUACUUCCGGAUGAAUUGAGUAUAAGCUUCUUUUCACUUCAAUUGUGAACUGUGAAGUAGGGGCGCUUGAAAAAACUUCAGAAAUUGACAAAUUGUAUCGUUGCGACGUGUUGAUAUGAACUCAGGUAUUUAAUGGUAGGCCGUGUCGAUCAGACCAAUGGAAAGUCGGCAAUCCUAGGCGUAAAGACAAAGAUCAUUAAAUUUCAAAUUUGAACCUUAGACGGAAGAUUCCCUACCCAUUCAAGCCGUGUCGCUGCGCCAAGUCAAUCGAAACUUCAACCUCUUUAAGCUACUCGUAUCGAAUGUGUCAAAGCGUGCAUGCUUCAAAGGCUUGGAAAGUCUGGUCUGUGAAACGAAAGAAAGUACGCAGCGCAUUCAACAGAGAUACAAACGGCUUGUUGGCGAGUGCGCGCGACCCAUAGGGUGUUAAGACGUUUGGCUAUGACCACAAAGAAACUGGUUCUUCUUAUUGCUCUAUCUCUGGGUUUUUACACAAUCAUCUCAACACUUCUGACAAGGGGCAACAAAUCAAUUCAAGGUGAACGUAAUUUAUUCCACACGCAAUUUAUUCAAAUUAACCGCACAAACGCGCACUUUACCGACAUUGGAAGAGACGUUGGACCGCGAGUGGAUAACAAUGAUCAAAAAUCGACAAGCACGCGUGUAUUUUUGAAUAUUAUAAAAUCGUCGAGAGUGCAGGUCAAGUACAACACAUCUUUACCACCGGAUUGCUAUAGUAUCAUACGAACCGCCGAGACAGGAAAUGACUUGCAUUCUACAAUUAAUCCAACGAGGUCAAUUGCACAGUCGCUAAUGGUGAACAAAUUAGGCGCAGACGUGAAACGCUUCCCUACCACUUUAAUUAUAGGGAUGCGAAAGGCAGGCACGCGUGCUUUACUAACUAUUCUCCGACUGCACCCUCAGGUAAAAGCAUGCGGGUCUGAAAUGCAUUACUUCGACAUCAGAUAUCCGCGUGGUUUGCAGUGGUAUCUUGAUCAGAUGCCAUAUGUGGAAACAGGACAGCAAGCUAUUGAAAAAACACCGAGUUAUUUUGUGGUUAAAGGUGUACCCAUAAGGAUUCUCGAAUAUGCGAAAAACAUAAAUAAGACGUUGAGAUUUCUCGUAAUUGUUCGCGACCCAACGGUCAGGGCAAUUUCCGAUUAUGUACAACUUAAUUUGACUAAUCGACGAAAAUACAACAAUGUCCUGAAGCCUUUCAAAAACAUGGCUAUUAAAAACAGUAAUUCGACAUUUGCCGUGCGUACAACUUGGGGAGUAAUUAAAACUGGUGUUUAUAGUAAACACUUACAGCGAUGGCUGAAGUACUUUCCCAUGAAAUCGUUUCAUUUUGUCAGCGGAGAACAGCUUGUUAGUAAUCCAUACGACGAAAUCAAAAAAGUCGAAGAAUUUCUUGAGCUCAAGCCGUACUUUUCGAGAAGCAAUUUUGUUCAUAACAACGAGAAGGGUUUUCCCUGCUUUCGCGGAUCAACCAAUAAGAAAGAGCGUUGUUUGGGAAAAAACAAAGGUCGUCUUCACCCGAAAAUUGAGCCAGCUGUUUUGAAUGAACUGAGACGUUACUAUAGACCUUUUAACGAGCAAUUAUACAAAAUGGUUGGUCGAGAUUUUCGUUGGCCUUAGGUCAACUAAUUUUAUGCGGAUAAAAUCCAAAGAUUCUUAUUCAAAAUUCACGCAAUAUAAACAUUGAGAUAGUUUGGCAUGCAAGGCUAAAGACCUUGGUGACGCAAGUUGAAUUUACAGCUAUUUGGAGAUUUUGAAACGGAAGACAUCACAAACUGCUUAAUUAAAUAGGAAUUAACGAUAAAAACUGAUUGUUUGAAUUUGACUAUCUGGGUUAAAAUGCUAACAUCAAAGAAAGCCUGGAAAAAUAAAGUCAGAAAUAUUGUGUUAUUUCAGUACAGUAUAAAAUCCUAUGAAAAAGCGCAGAAAACCUUCGUGGAAACAUCGGGCGUGGCCGUUUCCCGCCAUUAAAAACAAAUUGUUGAACUGCCAAACCUAUCGUUGAACAAUCCAGUUCAUUUGCUUCGCCAAGUACUCGGUCUAGAAUCGCUUGAACGAAUAGUUUAGAUUAAACGUAGGUACAUAUGUACUACAAGAAGUAUACAAGCGUACAAUUUGUACGAAAUUGAUUCGUCAUUUCGGCGUGGGAUCCAUCAAAUUCUCGCAAUUUGUGUGAUCUUCCUUACGUCAAAUUUUGCUAUAUUUCGCUGUUUUUUCACGAAAUCUGAAACUGACUGUACAUAAAAACGUAUUAACCAAAAGACCAUAUAAAUUCAUUUGAAAUUUGG